GUAUUGCUUGCAUGUAUGAAUCUUAUAUAGUUCUGACGCAAGCAUAUCAACAAGCUUGAUACUCCAUCCUAAACUCUUAGGAUGAUUAUCCCCUUCUCUGAUAUUUAGGAACUCAAUUUGAAUAAUUUACUCCUUUUUUGUUCAAGUCAACUUCUUCGUAGGGAUUAAAGAAUAGAUUAGAGUUAUUUUAAGGAGAGAACAUGGUUAUCACUACUAGAUGUGGUACUUGGGAAUAUGCUGCACACGUCUAAACCAUAAGCCUGUUUUACCUCUUCCUUAAGUAGUCCAAUCCCAAACCAUCUUCCUCCUCAGGAUUUCUGCUUUUUCUAUACCAUGGGAGAUCCAGUUUCAGAUGAAAUGCUUCAUAUCUCAAGCUAUGGCAUUCGGAACACAACGAUGGAAAAGCAGAUUUCUGUGGAUCCAAUAUCAUUGAACAGAGAAUUGAGUGAUAAUCCAGUGCAGACUGUUGUUACUACUCCAAAGCCAAAAGGACCGAACCAACUGCCGCCCCUAUUGCCUCCUACAAAUUCCAAGUUUUUAAGCUUAAGUCUGCCAAGUUCAGCCGCCUCAUCACCACGAUUUGGCGCCUCAUUGUUGAAGAAGAAAUGGAAGAAUGAAAGGCAAGUAUCUCCCCAGCAAGUUGAGGACGUGAACCACCUCCACUCUGCAUCCUACAACCCGCUUCCUCUGCAACAAGAACAAUUUCGACGGACCAAGUCGUGCGGUGAAGGAAGAGAAUAUGCUCCUGAUGACUUUGAUCUUUGGCUGAUUCAACCAAAUGCCAUUGAAAUUGUCAACAAAGCAUAUACCAAUUACACUAGCUUCUCCAAAACUGAAGUCAACAGAGCUGUGCAUAAAAAUGGCAAGAACAAUGAUCCAAGUGAUGAUAUCGAUGAGUUCAAAUGUGGAGCUCUCUGCCUUUACCUUCCUGGCUUCGGCAGCAAGGCAAAGCCAGUGAGAGCAAGAAAGGGAGAAUCCGAACUGCAAAAUCAAAAUGUCAUCUCUAGAUCAGUUUCCUUGGAAAAAUUUGAGUGUGGUUCUUGGGCUUCUCAAGUUAUGGUAAGUGGCAAUUUAGAGGACUCCAUGGGUCACUUUGAUCUGCCUCUGGAGUUAAUAAGAGGCAAUGUAAAUGAUGCACAUUCACCAGUUACUACAGGUUUCCUCUUUGACAAGGAUAUAAAAGGAGUCCUGAAGAAUGGCUCAGCCAGAACAUCAGCAGCUAGAAAAUCAUAUGAAUCGCCGCGCCACGUUCGGUUUUCGACAUCAUCUCCCAAAUCUUACCCUGCCUCACCAGGUUCUUGCAUCACGCCUCGCUUGCGCAAAGCUAGAGAGGAUUUCAAUGCUUUCUUAGAAGCACAGAGUGCAUGACUAUAUGGCCUUUGCUAUAUUUGAUCAAGUUUUGAUGAAUGUACUUUGCAUUUUGUAAAAUAAUGCAAACUACUGAGCCUGUUUUGUUAUUAUUUUGUGAUCCUACUCUCUGCUCAUGGAUCGGAACUGGGCAUCAACCUGAAGAGCUUUGGAUUGGGCUGAGCUUAAGAAUAUUGGGCCAUUCCUUAUCCCACUAAGCCUCAAAAACCUGCCAACUCUGUGCAACUAAGCCUCAAAAACUACUGAAACUGCCCAACAGGCUUGGGCGGAGGAAAAAACGCCU